AUAUAAUUUCCUCCAAUUUCAAAAUUUGAUUUCUCUACCGCUAGUCACCAUUUAAUCAACACCACCUGGACAUAGAUCUACUCCUCGAUAGCUCUCUGAUGCUCGGUGCGGUUUAGGAAGAGAGUCUCCUUCAAGGCCUUAAUCAGUCACUGUCAUUUCAUUCUAACUGGAAAUCGGUGCUGCUUAAAAUGGGAAGAAGUCAGAAGUGAUAGAGUGGUGGUCUCCGGUAAGACGCAUGUGGAGAAGGUCAUCAAUGUUACUUGGUGGUUGCCAUGGUAACGGAUGCUGGCAUUGAGGAAAGAUCCCUUAUCAUUAUUAUUAUUAUUAUUAUUUUUUAUCUUUUUAUACAUUAAAUGUGCGACAAAUAGCAUCACUAUGUUUUCGUAAUUAAAUGUUAAACUACCAUUAUUUGGUAAAUAAAAUUUAUAAUUACUAUGCUUGUGUUAAAAACUCUGUGAACACGUCCAAGUUAUGAAAUUAGCCGAAGAGAAUUAAUGAGGUUUUGAUUUUAAGUUUGUGAAGCUAAGGUUAUCAGGUUUUGCAUUGCAGUAGGUGAAAAUCAUGUAUAGUUUAGGGUUUUGAUACGGAUCUAUUAUGGACGGCAUUCUUGACAUUAGGGAGGAUUCCGGUGGAGAGAACAAAGUGGUUUGGGGAAAACGUAAUGUGAAUAGGUGAUGGUGGAAUAUUCGUUCAGGACAUAUCAGUCAAUUAUACUGUAGGGGAAGAAGCAAUAUCAAUCUUCCACUAUAGAAAGUAAAAUUAUUGAAUUGAUUAAACACGGACAACACGCAACUCUUUCUCCCAGAUUCCCAGUAAUUCUGUUGAGUUUCACUCCCUUGUCUUUUCAUUGCUUUGUCCAUUCUUCCACAUGAUGAGGCUAUUCCUUGAAAUUGUCAUCACCCCUCCUACCUGUUGCAUAGAAAUUUCCGCUCUGUGUUGAUGACAACUAGUUCUUAAUUUAUAUCUGAUCCUAUCUCCUAUUACAUUCUUCACAAGAAUUGUACUACAGACCAUCAUAACUAUCCAAGAUUAUGUGCUCUGAAACUUCUGAAAGUGAUAGGUUGUUAUUAACUUCAGUACAACCAUGUCGUCACUUUUCUCUUGCAGAGAUUAAAUCCGCCUCCAAGGACUUUGAUGAUAAACUGAUCAUCGGACAAGGAGGGUUUGGUAAAGUUUACAAAGGUUUUAUGUAUAUUGAAGAAACAAGUCAUGUAGUAGCCAUUAAACGGUUAGAUUCUAAAUCUGAGCAAGGGGCACUUGAGUUUAAGGCCGAAAUCGAGAUGCUUUCUAAGCUGCGUCACUGUCACUUGGUGUCUCUUAUCGGUUUUUGUGAUGAUAACAAUGAGAUGAUCUUAGUUUAUGCAUAUAUGCCUAAUGGAACCCUCUACCAUCAUCUGCACAAAUCUGAGACUCCUUUAAAUUGGGUUCAACGACUUAAGAUAGCCAUAGGUGCUGGUCGUGGGUUGGACUACCUUCACACAGGUUUUGGAACUCAACAAGGAGUCAUUCAUCGUGAUGUGAAGAGUUCAAACAUUCUUUUGGAUGAGAACUGGGCAGCUAUGAUUUCUGAUUUCGGGCUGUCCAAAUUAGGCCCAAUCAACCAAUCAUUAUCAUUUAUUGAUGCAAGUGUUAAAGGCACAUUCGGAUAUCUGGAUCCAGAGUAUUUCUAUACCAGAAGGCUGACAAGGAAGACAGAUGUAUAUGCAUUUGGGGUUGUGUUGUUUGAAUUGCUAACAGGGAGGCUUGCAGUAGAUGAACAAAAUGUGUACGACCAAUGCAGUUUGGUAAGGUGGGCUCAAAAAUGCGUGAAAGCACGAAAAUUAGACCAAAUGGUUGAUUCUAGUAUUGCGGGAACAGUAUUUCCCAAAUGUUUGCGAGGUUUUGCACAUAUUGCAGAUCGUUGUUUGCGUAGUCAUCUAAAAGAACGUCCCACCAUGGCCGAGAUUGUUGUCUCACUUCAGGCUUUACUCGAACUACAAGAAAGAUAUGACAAUUCUUCUGAGCCAUCAGGCAUAAGUGGAUUCACUUGGAAGAUUCAUAAGUACCUUGUUUCUGCCACUAAACUAAACGCUGAUCAAACUGGAGCAAGUUCAUCAAUCUGCCCUGAAAAUAACAUGAAUCGGUUGCCUAAGGAAUUAGUGGCUAUAGAUCUGAAAUCAUUCAAGUAUUCUGAACUGACAAGUAGGUUGCCUAAGGAAUUAGUGGCUAUAGAUCUGAAAUCAUUCAAGUAUUCUGAACUGACAAGUGCUACGAAGAACUUUGGAAACGACAAUCUUUUGAGUUACAAGAGUUUUGGGAAGGUUUACAAAGGAUGGAUUGAUAGAACAACAUAUUCCCCCUCUGAAGAUAAUACUAGAUUGCCGGUUGCAAUUAAGAGGCUCGACAACUACAAAUGUGCAGAUCAGUUGGAUCUGGAAAUGAUGAAAGAAUUUAUUCAUCCCAACCUUGAAAAGCUCAUAGGAUAUUGCUUGCAUGGCCAAAAGCUCUUCCUUGUGUAUGAAUUCAUGCCUAAUGGAAACUUUGAGGAUCUCCUCGAUAGCGGAGGCGUAGCACAACUUCCAUUGGUUACAAAGGUGAAAAUAGCAAUAGGAAUUGCUAGAGGGAUUGUUUUCUUGCACAAAACACAAGAUCCAGUUGGUUCUUUUAUUAGUGGAUCAGUUUCUCGGUCACUGCUUGACAGACGUAAGAUUUUAUUGGAUGAGGAUUUUACAGCAAAGCUUUCAGGUUAUGACGUUAUUAAGUUAAUACGUGGUUUCUAUCCUGAUGAAACUGGGCGUCUUCGUUAUGGUGGCAUUAGCGACUCUUAUCCUAGGUGGUGCGGGCCCUUGGAACUACAGAGCGAUAUCUCGGGUUUUACAGUGGUAUUCGCGGAAUUGGUAACAGGGAUACAGAUAUCUAUUGGAAAUUUCUUCCAAGAGAUUUAUAAUCCAUGGUUUAAACAAUAUAAACUGUCCGUUUGGUGAUAUUGCAGAAGAAUGUUUUAAAAUCUGUAAUGAGGUGGAUUCAGAAUCAAAGAUGCUAAGAAUGUUGGAGAAGCAUGCUAAGGUGGGCCAGUCAAAAAAUAUGUUGGGGUCCAGGAGGGAGCAAAAAAAAAGGAGGGGACCCUCAAUGAUGUAAAUUUUUUACAAAAACCACUAAAUUGUUAUAAUGUUUGUUCAAAUUAUAAUCAUGUUAAGUCAAGUUAGUAUGAUGAUCAUUCAAAUUAUGAUCAUAGCUUAUUCAUUGUUAUCAUCAUGCUCGUUUGAAACAUUAAAUUAUCCAUGGCUCCUUUUAGGAUUGUCUUUUA